CAGAUCUUGCCUCAUGCUCUCAUACUCCACCGAAAUCUCUCUUUCUUCCGCAAUUUCCGAUAAGGGUGGUGAUAUAUUUGUAUUGCUACUUCUCAUUCUUCUAUUGUUCAUAAUUUACACUGGCUCUGUCAAGCUACUUUGCGAUACAUAUGGUCUUGGCGACAUUCCCGGACCGUCAUUCUCGUCAUACGUCAAUAUUUGGGCUUUCAUACAAGCAAGGAAGCAUAGAUAUUCUAGGGCGGUUCACGAGCAACACGAAAAGUAUGGUGCAUUUGUGAGAGUCUCGCCAAACCAUGUGAGCGUGGGCGACCCAAAAUUUAUCAAGGAUGUCAUGGGUCACGGAAACGGCUUCACUAAAUCUCGAUUCUAUGAAAUUUUUGACUGGAAGUCUCAGAGCAUCUUCACGACCAGAAGCCGGGAAAUCCAUGGUCGCAAAAGAAAAUGGCUCUCUGCGACAUUUUCAUCACGAUCCAUCAAAGAUUUUGAACGCUUCAUCACUGAUGCAUUGUCUAUAUAUGGCAGACAAAUGGAGAGGCUAAUCGACGGGAAACCAGCUGGGCGUUAUACAUUUACUAUGAAUGAAGAUGUGGCAAAGCGCCAGAGACAUGAUGAAGGAGUUAUAAACGCUGUAUCAUGGAACGCAUUCCUUGCAUUUGAUAUAAUUGGGGACCUCGCAUUUGGUGGAUCAUUCGGAUAUACACAGGAUGGAUAUGACGGAAACAAUGGCAUUCGAAUUCUAAAAGAACGCGGAGAAUGGUGCGUUGUGGUUGGUCAAGCUCUCUGGCUCCGUCGCUUGACUCCCUACAUGUACUUUGAUACCUUCUUCACCAAGGGCGCCAAGGCUGUCUCUGAUCUUGGAUCCAUCUGUACAGCAGCUGUAAAGCGGAGACGGACGUCCAAAAUCGACCAUCGCAACGACAUCUUGAGCUACCUACUUAAAGCUCGCGACCCGGACACCAACCAACCCCUUGCGGAAGAGGAGUUGGUUAUGGAGGCACUCUCUAUCUUUAUCGGCGGAUCUGAUACGACAAGUAACACAAUAACACACGGGAUAGACCUGCUCUCUAGAAAUCGAGACAAGUUGGCCAAGUUGCAGCUCGAGCUUGAUUUGGCAUUUCCGCAGCCGCACCUCGAGGCAUUUGUUCCGGAAUAUUCCAAGAUCGUUGCGCUGCCUUACCUUGAAGCUGUCAUUCUUGAGACAUUACGGCUUCGACCUACGAUCUCCUUUGGCCUACCGCGUGUCGUCCCCCCUGGCCCAGGAGUAACAAUCGGUGGCAAGCUCUUUAAACCUGGCACGGUGCUCUCCGUGUCUACCUACACCGUGCAUCGAGAUGAAGAAAUCUUUGGCGCCAAUGUGUUGGAUUUUAAUCCGGACCGCUGGUUAACUAACGCCAGGAGCAACAUGGAUAAGCACUUCAUGAGUUUCAGCUACGGCCCACGGGCCUGCAUUGGACGUAAUAUUGCCUUGAUGGAGUUGAAGAAGACGUUUGCCACUCUCUUUCGCCGCUUUGACUAUCGGCCAGUCUAUCCAGAGCGAGAAACCACCAUUCGCGAAGGAUUCCACCUAAAAUGCACAGAGUUACCGAUAUUUAUCUCGCGGCGUCGCAAUUAAACUUGCCCUCCAGUUCAGCUAGGGCUACGGAACGCUAUAACUGUUAAAUAAUUUGUCAAGAUUUAGUAGCGGGUAUAUGUUUAAAUAUGGUUAUUUGGCGACCUGUAACCGUAACUAUAGAUAACUAUGAACUCAGAAAAAUAAGGUAUUAUAACUAUAGAUCUACAUUAUAGCCAUCCAAGUAAAUAGAAUGGGG